GAUUAAAAGUCUCUCCUCCUUCAUCGUUGUUCAGUGGAGAUCUCUUUGGAAUCGAAAGGAUCUAACUAAGAAAUGGAUUGGCAAGGGCAGAAAGUGGUGGAGCAGCUGAUGCAGAUCUUACUGGUGAUCUCCGGCGUCGUCGCGGUGGUCGUCGGCUACGCAACGGAGUCGUUCAGGACGAUGAUGCUGAUCUACGCAGGUGGUGUCGUUCUCGCGACGCUGGUCACCGUGCCUAAUUGGCCGUUCUACAAUCGCCAUCCUCUCGAGUGGUUGGAUCCGAGCGAAGCCGAGAAGCAUCCCAAACCGCAAGUCGUCGCCAAGAAGAGAUUCUCCAAGAAGUAGGUCUGAUGAAUCUCUCUCUCGGGUUUGCGGAUAAUGAAAUGAAUUUUUGGUUUUUUUUUUUAUGGAUUAAAAGGAAUUUACUUUUUUUUUAUGAUUUGUGGUAACAUUGAGUGUGAUGAAUGAGUUAGAAGCUUUCGAUUUAGGCUUUGUCUGAUAAAUGCUAGUCUUUAUGAUUUGCUCA